UUACUCAACUGAGAAGGUCCAUCAAAACAACCACUGAACUCAUUGCCUUUCUUCUUCCAGAAUCAAAACCCACUGAACUCAUACAACUCGCCGGAAAACGCAGACUCGUUGCUCCCCGUAGGAAGAAGAAACUUCAGUCUCUCAUAGAAGAAGAAGAUGCCUCUGGGGCUAAUUUUAGGAAUAGGAAGGGCAUUUCGAAGGAAGCGAACAUCUUCACUUGAUAUUCUAUCACCAAAACGCGCUCCUCGAGGUUAUUACAAGGGAAAGAACUGCAAGCCCACUGGUUUCAACACUCGCAAAGGUGGGUAUGUGAUAUUGCAGGAAAAGUUACCAAACUAUGUAGUUCCUGAUUUGACUGAUUUUAAGCUCAAACCAUAUGUAUCCCAAUGUCCCAUAGAAGCGAAGACCUCCGAGGCUUCAUAGCUAAAUUCAGUAGUUUAAAAUACUUACCUGUUCUCCAUGAAUAAUUUGACUUGCACAAACAGCUGAUACUGUGAUUGGAUAUAAACUUAUCAAUUCCGUAUUUGUAACAUGGUGAAUGAUUUUUGAACUAUUCUUUUUUUUUUUUUGCUAAUGAUUUUAACUAUUCUGAUGUUAGUUUUCAAUCAUUUUGGUGGUUUGGGAUAGCA